UCUCUCUCUCUCUCUCUUGUGCGUUUUUCUCAACACUCUCACUCUAGUAAUUGUUGAACCCCUUUUGUAUCCCUUCUUAUUUUCUCCUUUAUUAUAGCUAUCUCGUUGGUUAUGUUGUAGUUACGCGCACACACACACACUCUCUCGUUUCAGCUGCAAAUUUUUCUAAAAUUUUGGGUGUGAGUUGCAGCAGGGAUUUGGGCUGCCGAACCUCCAAUUUAACACUUCUUUUUUCCCCCUUUCCCAACUGGAGUAUUUGAGGGGGUUUUUGAAAACAAAAAAAAAAAAAAAAGGAUUGGGUAUGCAGUUUCUUUAAGCUCAUCAGUCUAUAGUUUUUGGAAUUUCUUUUGUCUUCUGGGAGUUUGGGUUUAGGGUUUUACUAUGCUUAGAAUUGCAGUAGUAGCAGUCGCAGUAGCCCUCAACAGCCCCGGAACUAAACCCUCGUAGAGGGGUUUUAAACAACUUUCGAGGAAUUCACUCACUGCAACCCACCCACCUCCGCGGCGAAAUUCAGCAAUGUCUUCUUGUCUCAGCGGCGGCGGCCGGACGUACCGGCUCGACCUCGACAUCGUGAAAUCCUCCUCGGCCUUGUCGUCGGCGCCGGCGCGGUCUUCUGCUGCCUCUUCCUCUUCUUCUUCUUCUUCUUCCUCCGCUUCUUCUUCUGUUCUCUCCGACUCCUCCAACUCGCCGCUGCUCGCCAUCUCCAUCAAGAAGCCGCGGGCGCCGCGCAAGCGGCCCAACCAGACCUACAACGAGGCGGCCGCCCUGCUGUCCACCGCCUACCCGACCGUCUUCCUCCCCUCCAAAGCCCUCUCCAAGCAGCCCAAGCCCCUCCUCCUUUCUCACUCCUCCUCCUCCAAAUUCCCCGACCCCUCCGCCGACCUCCUCCCCGCAUUCCCCGUCCUCAGCAGCGACGCCGCCGCCUUCCUCAUCCGCCGCCCCGCCGACCAGAAGCCCCUCCAGCCCGACGCCGCCGAGCAGCAGCCUACUCUGUCGUCCCCGACCAGCGCGGUCACCGCCGAGUUUAGGGACGGCGGCUGCAAUUCGCCUGCUCUGAGUCCCGCCGUGAGCAAUGAAUUCCGGGACCCGCCCGAUUCUCCGGCCUUCUCCAACGACGACUUCGACACGGAGUCCAUUCUCGACGAGGAGGCGGCGGAGCAAGGCAUCGACGCCAUAAUGGGCAACCUUAGUAUGAGCGCAAGCGCCAAUGGUAAUGAGAAUGAGAAUGAGAACGAGAACGAGAAUGAGAAUUCUCACUCCAUCCCCAGCUGCGGCAUCAAUCCCUACAUAAAGAGCCUCAUGGGAUUCGGAUUGGGCAGUAAGUUUGAGCUCGGUCUCGGGUUCACCUACGGGCGGAGCAUUCACCGCGCGCUGAGGCAGAGAGACGGCGGCUAUCGGUGGAGCUCUCCGACGGUGCCUGUGAAGGACAUAUGCUCCAAAUUUAAGGCCCCGACGUCCUCUUCGUCGGCGCCGCCGCCGGAGGUCAAGAAGAGUAAGAAGAAAUCAAAGAAGGUAGAGAAAAAGCUGCUGGUGGAUACAGACAGCCCUGCAGCAGCAGCAGCAGCAGCAGCACACCCCGCCGCCACCGCAGAUGCGGAACAAGCAGAGGUAGGGAGCAAAAGAGUUGCUUUGGGCCUCAAACUGAAUCAUGAUGAGGUCCUCAAGGCGUGGUCCGACCGCGGGUCGAUGUUCUCUUCCGACGGCCCCGACUCCCCGAAUUCCUCGGCCGAAGCUCUCGCUAAGUUAGCCGAUAUUGAUCUGGUCCCGGAGAAUGGGGCGGCGAGCGUGCUGAGGGAGGCGAGCGUGAUGAGGUACAAGGAGAAGAGGAGGAGCAGGCUCUUCGCGAAGAAGAUCCGGUACCAGGUCCGCAAGGUGAACGCCGACUGCCGCCCUCGGAUGAAGGCAAGUGGCAGGUUUGUUAGGAGGCCAUCCCUUCUCCAACAAGCCAUGGAGGAAGAAAGCUAAUGAGGGAAAUUUUUUUUUUUUUUUUUUUUUUUUUUUUGAAGAAUACUUUUUCCAAGGGGUUGGUUUAAGAGUUCUUUUCUUUUUAUUUCUUUGGAAUUUUAGUAUGAAAGGAUUAGAGAGAGAGAGAGAGAGAGAGAGAGAGAGAGAGAAAUUAGUUUUUUUUUGGUGCUAAAGGGAGGCAACAUCUUAAUUUAAUAAAUUAAUUAAUGCUUUGAUAAAUAUUCUUGGCAUUUUCUCCUCUUGUUUA